AUGGCGCGCCCGAGCCACCACGCGGCGCCCGCGGCGGAGGCAAAGCCGUCCGAGAUCGACGUCUACAGGGAAACAUUUCUGAGAUACGCGGGCUACUCCAACGAGCUCGGCGAGGCGUUCGGCCCGCUGCUGCCGCGGGCCGUGCCGUUCUCGUACGUCGUCGCGAUCAUUUACGUCGUCGCCGACACGAUCGAUAAGUCGCGCAAGGCCUACGGCGGCGCCAAGUACGAGGAGGACGCGCUCACGGCCUGCGCCUUGAUCGAGGGCCUCGACGCGCUCAUCUGGCAGCUCGCGGCGUCCGUGGCCCUGCCGGGGUUCACCAUUCACCAGGUCGUCGCCAUUACGGUGACGCUUCUGGAGAGCUUCGAGCGCGCGGGCGGCGCCUACGACGUCGUCCCGACGCUCGUCGGCCUCGCGGCGAUCCCGAUGAUCGUCGAGCCGCUCGACGAGCUCGCGGAGGUCCUUAUGGAGGCCGGCCCGCGGAAGCUCUGGGGCCCCUACCUCGACGCGUGCCGCCUCUAA